UCCUAUUCGAUUCAAAGCCAUGAAUCAACACUCUUGUGUCAGUUUGUACCCAUCUACGAAGUCGGAUUCAUUUGAGACAGAGAUGAAAGCGACAUAUAAAAUAAUCUCUGAGAUAAACAGGAUUCAGGCCGUUUAUUCCCCUACACUUAUUAUGCAGCGCUGGAUUCGAGGUCAUUUAAUUAGAAAAAGUCUUGGGCUUUGCAGUACAAAGAAACAGAUAACGUCUGAGAAACCAUCCAUUUCCAUGCCUUUGAGCACAGAAAUUGACCAGGUACAAUCCCAGUCUCAGAAUAUCAUGGAGGAGGACACAGAUGACCACCCUGAACAACCAAAGGAAAAUGAAGAGAUAGAUACAGAGAUCCAAAGACUUCAUGUGAACCUUGAUAAGCUGAUGCAAACUGGCUACCCAGAGGUUAUACAGGAUGCUGCAAGUGUUCAAUCAAAUGACAGUCAGCAAGACAUAAAAGCACCAUGCAACACCCCUCAGUGCAGUCUAAGUCUGAAAUCUGAGGCCCAUCUAAACACGCUUGACCAAGAUAUCAGUGUGACUGUUGAUAUCUGUAAUGAAGAAAUUGAAGAAGGAACCUUUCGUGUUUUGGGACUGAAAGCUUUGGUCCACCAGAGUGAGCCACUGAGUGACAUGUUGUGGUCCCGUAAAGCUGCAGGACAGGACGUACGUGAGGCCAUCAGCCAUUUUCACACUCAGAGACCAGGUCUACAGCCGCAUUCUUCUGCCAUUACUUCAGAGAAGCGUCUGAUUGGUUGUUGCCAUGACAAAAUCAGCCUCACCCCCUUCAAAGUAAUUGAAAGAGUCCAUCAAGCAUUUGAUAAAGCCAGAAUGCAGAGACACCUUGUAGAGAAGGUAACUGAGCGCCAGAUUGACCGUGAAGUAGCCAAGGGUCGUCGAGACAUCUUUAGAGAAGCUCGCAGGACAGAAGUACAUCUGCGGCAGGAGCGGGAAAGGGUGGAUAUGGAGAAAACUCUUACUCUACAGAGAGCCAAGCUGGAGCAGGACAUCCAUCAUGCACGUCAGAAACAUGCCCAGUUUUUGGAAGAGAAGAGGAUGAGGAUCCAGGAGCAAGAGAUGGUUUGCAAUUUCAGCCAACAGCACAACUCUCUAGCGAGGGCCGUGCUUAGAUACCACGCAUGGAAACGUGGUAACCAGCAAUAAAUGCAUGAAUGUUUUUAAUCAAACUCUCGGUUUAACAUGACAUUUACAUAUUGGUUAGUUAGAAGCCUUUGUGUACAGUAGCUUCAAAAGCAGAAUAUACUGCACUAUAGUAUAGAAUAGUAUAAUAUAUUACAGUACUUACCAGAAGAUGUCUGCAAAGAUCAUAUUAUAGACACUGAGAUCUGCUCCUCUUUUCAAAAUCCAAAAUAUUACAUAACAGGAAUCCAAAAAUACUCCCCUAAUACACAACCACCCCCAUCCGUCAGGCACAAGUAUUAAGAAACUAGUAGCCACCAACUUUACAUAACAAAUAAGUCCACAUUAUCUGGGUCAUUAUUAAACUCUUUACAUAAGCACUUAAGAAAGAUUAACUGAAUGGCAUGUUUUAGCAGGAUUCAAAUAACAAUAUUUUUUGCUAUAUUUCUCAACAGUUGUAGUAUAACAGGAGGAUCUUUAAAUGAUCUGUAAAUGCCAAGGCAAGCUUAGCUUGACAUUGAAUAAAGAUGAGCUACACUAAAUUGCUACAUGUAACAGUAUUUAUUUAAAAAGGUCCUGUCCAAUGAAUCAGCAGUGUGAAAAUCAAGGCAUUGUUCUGGCCUGACAUAAAAAGGUAGAGUCUAACAUCCGUCACUAACUAGACUGAAAAUCUAUGCAAACGUGAUUGUGCAUGUCCCAGGAAGUACCACAUAUCGACCUUGCCACCCAUUUGAAGUUUAUUAGUUUUAUUUUGAGUACUUUGAGUCAUUGAGAAUGACAACAGUGCAGUAUACUAGCUUAGUCUUCUGGAAGUGGCAUCUGUAGAGAGUUUUACAUUAUUGCACAUGACCCUAAAUUCUAGCUUAAAAGGUGAAAUAUCUAAAAAAAAAAAAAAGA